GAGCAACGGGAAGCGACGUGUUGUUUUCCGUGAAGUCAACACUGCCGGUCGUAGACUGAGCUGUGGAAAUCAGAAUGGAAGGCUUACCAUUCCUUCCUGGAAACACUUUCAGAGAUCCGACGAAGUCGAAAUUUCACAGAAGUCACACUCUUGGAUAUAGCAAUGGCUAUUCGGUACAGAAAACACCAAUGGCAGGCAUUGGUGGUGAGCCACACCCAACAACACAGCUGGCAGAGAAAGAACCAGAACAACAGCAGAUGAAACCGGUGACGGCUAUUCCACCGACCCUCAUGUACGGUGACACUAAAGUGUUCCAGCCUUCUACAGCUGUCCCUGCUUACAUCGCAUUUGACAAAAAGGUGUUGAAGUUCAACGCGUAUUUCUCGCAAACCGUUGAUGAGUCGGCGUUGGAGUCGGUGCGCACGCGACCCGUGUACAUCUACUACUACCUAGAAGACGACAGCAUCUCCGUGGUAGAACCCCAAGUACCGAACAGUGGAAUACCUCAGGGGAAGCUGAUGAAGAGGCAGCGGUUGCCGAGGGGAGACGGCGGCGGCGACCACUGGCACUGGAAGCAUCUCAACCUCGGCAUCAGCGUUCAGUUCUACGGAAUCGUGUUCCGCAUCGUAGACUGUGACACGUGGACAAAGGAGUUUAUGGAGAAUGAGGGGAUAGAGUUGAACUCAGCUGAGGAGAUGCCGCCGGUCCCUCAUAGGGGGACAUCCUAG